AUGGCAUUAUCUACAAAACCACCUAUAUAUCCUUUAUUUAUUCAUAAACAUUCAUCAAAAACAAAAAAUCAAACACUAUCACCAAUUACAAUACAACAAUCUAAUUCAAUUCAACAAUCAAAUUCAAUUCAACAAUCUAAUAUAAUGCAAGCUAAUUCAAUCCAACAGCCUAAUUCAAUUCAACAAUUGAAUUCAAUUCAACAAUCUAAUAUAAUGCAAUCUAAUUUAAUCCAACAGCCUAAUUCGAUACAAUAUUCUAAUCUAAUACAACAAUUUAAUCUAUUACAAAAUUCUAAUUUAAUGCAAUAUUCUAAUUUAAUAUCACAACCUAAUUUAAUACAGCAUUCUAAUUUGAUGGAACAACCUAAUUUUAUUCAGCAAGCAAUCUUUUCAGGCCAACAUUAUAUGCCAUCUCUAAUUUACAAUUUAUUUUCAACAUAUAUUCCUUUACAAUCUUACAGGGCACCUUUUCAAAUUCCUAUUUUAUCUUCACAACAAACUGCUAAAAUGAUAUUAUCUACGAUUAAAGAUUUCUUAAAGCAUAUAGAUGAAAAUGAAGAUACUAAAGACUAUUAUCUGAAAUUUUUAUUAGAAUUUGAUUGA